GGACCAAAACAAUGCCACAUGUGGUUAGGAAAAUGCAUUGCUGAAGUCGAUUUUGACCAAAAAUGGAACUGAUGCGCUGUCUUUUUCUGCAUAGAUCUAUUCAUUGCAAAUUGUGUUUAUUUUCUAUUCUGGUCUUUUGCCAGACAGGUUUGAGUUUUGGACAAAUACAUCCCUGCGAAAGUCCCACGCCUUCCAUUAUCAACAUUGACAGUGACACUGACCGCGACACUGCUGCUUGUGAUAUCGACACGAACACGGUUUCGUCGAAAACUGCUCCAGAGGAAAAGGUCAAAAUGUCAAGUUCCUUAGCUAUCGUGCCUUAUGACGAAAGUAGUUUGCCUCUGUUUCACAAACCUGUACGCGAAUUCCACAUCGGCAGACAGAAAAUAGUUGUCAAACAGAACUGGAAAGAACUCGGCGUGGCUGCAGUUGUAUGGGAUGCAGCUGCGGUGCUAUGUGAGUAUCUUGAUCAGAACCAACAUCUAGUGGAUGGGAGAACCAUAAUAGAGCUCGGGGCAGGAAGUGGAAUUGUGGGAAUUAUAGCAGCAUAUCUUGGUGGUAGAGUAACGAUAACAGAGAGGGAGGUUGCCAUGGGUUACCUAAAUUCUGUGGUUCAUGACAACAUUGAUGUGGAUAAGUACAAUGUUUCUGUCACGACAUUGGACUGGACAAGCGAUCUGACAGAGUUUCCCAAACCAUUCCAGGUGAUUCUAGGUGCUGAUGUCAUAUAUAUCGAAGAGACUUUUGACGACUUGGUGAAGACAUUUCGCCAUCUCAGCGAUGAAAAAACUGUGAUUUUUAUAUCUUGCAAAGUCAGGUACGAGCGAGAUUCCAAAUUCUUAGAAAUGAUGCAGAAGUAUUUUGAAUUGAAGAAAGUUUUCAAUGACAAAUCUCGAGGUAUUUUAAUUUACAAAGCUGUUAAAAGGUGACAAUAUUAAAGAUGGGUUUUCAUGUAUGUGGCUUGUUUUUCCAAAUUCAAAGGUAUUUCAUGAUGUCCAUCGUG